AUGUCGCAUGAAUAUAAAGGAUGGGAGCUUGUCUUUAGUUCUGAGAUAAAUGGAAACUUUAAUUCCUCUACGCACAGCUCACAUUCAAGAAGGCCUAAUCGCAGGAGUAAAUCAACCACGUCAGAUCCUCUUAUUUUGAGACGCAAACAUGAUCAAUUUCAAGUUAAAAGUGGCGACACAAUUUUGGUAACUGCUGAGGACGAAUCCAAUAUUGCAUUGAUUAAAGAUAUACGAUUCGGUAUUAAUGACUUUGUAGAGAUCAUUGUCGUUUGGUUUAGUGAAAGAAGUGAGAUUGAAACUAUCCCAGCAGAUAUCGAAAUAAUUGAAGGGGAGAUCUUGCUAGUCCCAUAUCUCGACGAAAUUGAGCUUGAUCAGAUAGGUGACCAUGUUCAUGUUUUGUCUGAAAAUGAAUUCAAAAAAAGUAAAGCGUCUCAUAAAGAAGACGGCACACACACAUUCAUGUGUCGUAGGGCAACAAAUGAACAGGAUAAGUUUUCGGAAAAAUUUGAUUAUAAUGAGCUUAUGAGAAUUUUCGCCGAGGAUGCAGAUCAUUUCCAGGAUACGUUGAAAAGAAUCGUGUUUAAUUCAGGGCCUUUGAAAAAGCCAGAGGCUGAAAACCGAGGAAAGAGGGAAAGGAGAGGAGAGACGAAUAAGAAGCGACAUAUUAGCGUAAAGACGGAAGAGCAAACACGGAAACAAUCACCCACUGGAGACACUACUAGUAAAGUCGAUGCUCCUGAAACUGCAAACGAAACUGUGCCUGCUACUGCUCCUAUUGCUCAUAAAGAACCCGAAAGCACAGCUUCUUCACUGGAAGACAUCGACAACAGCGAAAGCUAUGAAGAAUCAGAAGACGAGGAGGAGACCACAAAGAAAAGGCACAGAGUUGCAACUACUCCCAAGAAACGUAGGCUCGGGUCUUCUUUCAAGUCAAGUAAAUCACUGUCACCCAAAAAGUCAAUUCGCUCAAUUGAUUCAGAAAUUGAAAGCAUCUACUCAGUGGUUACUCCACGUAAAAGAAUCAGAGUCAUGCAAGACCAAGGGCAAUUACCAUCAUUCACAUCACCUUCGAAAAAGUUGCCCGAAGGCACACUUGAUCCCACUUCUGAAGCAUUCAAAGAGGUGAAGGAGAAAUUACAUACCUCUCAACGAUUGAAUGCGCUUCCCGGUAGAGAAGAUGAGUUUCUGAUGAUUUAUGCCAGUUUGGAAAGUGCAAUCAAUGAAAGAACGGGUUGUUGUAUAUAUGUAAGUGGUGUUCCUGGCAUGGGCAAGACUGCCACUAUCAAAGAUGUCAUCAAUCAAAUGACCGAUUUAGCUAAAGAGGGCUAUGUAAAACCAUUCAAUUUUUUUGAAUUUAAUGGAUUGAAAUUACUUGCACCAACAGUUGCAUAUAGUAUGCUAUGGGAGUACAUAACUGGUGGUGAUAGAGUCGUUGACUCCAAUGCAGCUAUCCUUUUGGAGGAGUACUUUAAAAGAAACGACGAGAAAAGAUUACCUUUGGUUGUGAUGAUGGAUGAGUUGGACCAGAUUGCCCAAAAAAAACAGAACGUUAUGUACAAUUUCUUCAAUUGGCCAACGUAUGCCACUUCCAAGUUGAUUGUUAUAGCUGUGGCAAACACCAUGGAUUUACCUGAGAGAGUUCUUGCUAACAAAAUAUCAUCAAGAAUGGGGUUGCGCAGAAUUCAAUUCAAGGGGUAUACAUAUCAACAAUUGGGUGUCAUAAUACAACACAGAUUGAACAUGUUGACAAAGGGAAGUCGUCACAAGGUAGAAAUAAGUUUUGAUGCCAUUGGUUUUGCAUCACGAAAAGUGGCUAGUGUUAGUGGAGAUGCUAGACGUGCGUUAACAAUUUGUCGUCGGGCAGUAGAAAUUGCCGAGAAACAGUAUAUGGAAAGCAACGACCAGAAAGAAACAUGCCAAGUGUUGAUAUCCCACAUAUCACAAGCCAUCAGCGAAAGUGUCAACUCUCCUUUAGCCAAGUAUUUGAAUGCUUUACCAUUCGCUGCUAAACUUUUCCUCGCAGCACUUUUGAGGAGGACCAGAAGAAGCGGUUUGGCCGAAAAUUCAGUAGGGGACAUUAUUGAUGAAAUGAAAAACUCAAUAGCCAUGUUUACAACCUCCAAUCCUUUUAUGACUGACUCAUCAAUGUUUGACCUAUUGUACGCUGAUAAAAUUGGCGAUAAGGAACAAAUCAAUAUCAGAAUCCAUCACUUUGAAUUUAUUUUGAAUUCACUAGUUGAAGCAGGAGUCAUUAAUCAACAAAAUUUCUCGAGUGAGCGGAAAAGAAUGGUACUAUUGACCGUGAGUGAAGAGGAAGUGGUUUCUGUAUUGAAAAAGGACCAAGAAAUUUCACAAUUUUUGUGA